AUGCGAAAAGAUCUGCAUGAAAUGCAAAUUGUUGAAGAAUCAAAGUAUGGUGGAUCAUUUCCCAGAUGUAUGGUAUCACGUUCUACAUUCGAAUUAAUUGAUUUGAUGGAAAAAGUGCUGCGAGCAGCAAAUGAUUUAUCUGGAAAGCAGGUUGAAGAGUAUGUUUUAACUGAUAUUCAGGAGCGUUUGCAAGCCACAAUUCCAAUGGUUCUCGAGAAAUAUGCAACCAAAACAAUUGAUGCACAUGGAAAAUUUUUACAAACAAUACCACAACAAACGGCUUUAUUUCAUAACAAUUGUUCGUAUCUGGCAUGGUGGCUGAGUAAUGUUGGAAAUAAUUCGAAUGACAUUGUUGUUCAAAUUGAACGACGUGACUGCAUUAUAACUAGUCUUUUAGAGGAUCGAUCGAAGCGAUUCGCUCAGCAAAUAUCAAAUCAACGUUCGCAGCUUAUGGAUAUUCUCAAAGAAUUUGAUUUGACCGAUUCAAUGGUGGAAUUGGGACCAACUGCCUACAAAGAUCCAUUGGAUGUUUCAAUUUAUGUGAAGCAUUGGGUAAAAUUGCAACAAAUCAAAAUGAUACUGAAUGCAUCGAUGGGAAAAAUCGCAGAGCAAUGGGCCGGUGGCAAGGGACCGCUUACAUUGCAUUUCCGUGCAGAAGAUGUACGUCAUUUGAUACGUGCCUUAUUCCAAAAUACAGAUCGUCGUGCGAACGUUUUGUCAACAAUCGUUUAA